AUGCAACUAUCUGAAAAAGCCAUGCAGCCCUCAUCCAGAGAACUGGUUGGGUUCUCCAGAGAAAGGAUCCCGAUAAAAGGGCACAUAUGGCUGAAAACAACUAUGGGUGACCCCCCAUUAUCAAAAACUAUUGACGUCCAAUACCUCAUAGUUAACUGCCCUAGUCCUUAUAACAUUAUUCUCGGAAGGCCCGCCCUGAAUAACUUCAGAGCGGUAGUAUCAACAUUAUACUUGUGUGUUAAGUUUCAGGUACAAAACAAUAAGGUAGCAACCGUACAUUCAGAUCGACAACAAGCUCGGCAAUGCUACAACGCCAGCUUAAAGAAAGCCAGCAACGAACCUAAGACUAACCAAAGGGCGGGAAUAACACAUACCGCAUCUGAGGUAUUGUCCCUGGCGGAAAUGGAUCCAAGGGAGGAUUUUCAAGAAAGGCCAGAACCAACGGACGAGCUUGAGAAGAUCCCCCUGACGCCAAAAGCCGAACAAUUUACCAAUAUCGGCCGAGCUCUAGAAGGAGAGGAGCGAGCAAGGCUAAUAAGAAUACUCCAAGACAACUCAGACUUAUUUCCCUGGACACCAGCAGACAUGCCUGGGAUAGAUCCGAAUAUAAUCUGCCACAAACUCGCCAUAAACAAAACAAGCAAGCCAAUUGCCCAUAAAAAGAGGAACCUCAGAGCAGAAAAAAUGAAGGCAACCCUUGAAGAUACAAAGAAACUACUCAAUGCCGGCUUCAUAAAAGAGCUUCGCUUCACCACAUGGCUCUCAAAUGUGGUAAUGGUAAGAAAACAAUCAGGUAAAUGGCGCACGUGCGUCGACUUCACAAAUCUAAAUAAAGCUUGUCCAAAAGAUGUGUAUCAUUUACCUUGCAUUGAAAAAUUAGUAGAUAACGCUUCUGGAUUUAAAAGUUUAAGCUUCAUGGAUGCAUACUUUGGAUACAACCAGAUCCUCAUGUACCCAGAAGAUCAAAACAAAAUAGCCUUUAUAACAGAACAUGAAAAUUUUUGCUACAAAGUUAUGCCAUUUGGUCUUAAGAACGCAGGAGCAACAUACUAG